AUUCUUGAAGAUAAGAUUUGGUGUUAUAUAUGCAAAUGGAUCAGCAAAAGACAUCAUCGACAAAGUCAAAGAACAAGAUCAUGAAGUUUCUACCAAGAGCAACAUCGUCGGUUACGUUUCAAAACCCUCCGAUUUACAGUCCGGCGUCCAAAGAUAAACGAUCAUCGGAUAAAACCCAUAAAUCCCAUCUCGGAAUUGGCUUCUCUGGCCCCAUGGUUUCCAUGAUUCCGGCUGACACUCGCCGGAAAAUCAAGAACGACUCGGAUUACACCAUCGUCUAUGAACCCACUUCUCCAAGAGUCUCGUGUAUGGGUCAAGUCAAGUGCAAGUACCAAAAGGAAAAACUCCACCGUCAAGGCCAUGGCGGCGCCGGUAACAAACCACCGACCGUCGUAAAGCCGUCGGAUAAAGGUUCACGGAUUACAUCUUUUACGGUGGCAAGAACACAUAGCGUGGAUUUUGAUCACGAAGAAGGAUCGAAAACUGAGAGUAAGAGUAAGAAAAAAUUAGGGUUCAAGAAAAUCUUUGGUGGGGGUACUCCCGGCAGCGCCCGCGCCGGAGGAAGAAAAUCCGACGACGGCGGAGAUAAAAACUCGUCGAAGGUUCCAUUGUAUCUUGAUAAAGCUCCAAGUUUGAGCUCGAUGAAGAGGUUUUCGAGUGGGAGGGGUAAGUUUUCGAAUAUCGAUUGGACAAAAGAGGCUGCAGCCAUGGAUUCCGGUGACCGGAGAUUUUAUUCCGAUGAAGAAAGUGAUGAUGAAGAGGUUAUCGUCCCUUCUUCUGCACCUGUAGUGAUGAGGAAUCAAUUAGGGAUUGAUGAUAAAUUCAUUAGGGUUGGAAGAGUAAAUGUGGAGCCAAAAAAAGAGAUCAAUUUAUGGAAGAGAAGAACCAUGUCUCAACCUAAACCUCUUCAAUUGCAUGGUAAUUAGGGUUUUGUUUUUGUGGGAAAUUCUUUUUGUUCAAUAUUUUUUGAUUUGUUAAUUUGAUUCAUAUAUGUACAUAAAAGUUAUGAAA